AUGAUUGCAUUUGAGAAUUCCUUUUCAAGACUAUUCCGUAUAGGCAAAUCACUAGCAAUGAAUACUUCACGAGAAACUGGUGCUCCUUCCCACGUGGGGCCAAAACCAAACUGGCAACGAUUGUAUGCAAGCUCGACACGUGCCAAAAACGAGAUUCUAAUACCCAGCUCUCUUGAUGAUCUUUUGCGAUCCAAUAAACGACUAAAGUUUCAUCUUGUCAGUCUUGGCGGAGACUUUAUCCGCUUGUCAUCAUACCGCAAAUUUAAACAAAUGUUCCGUUGUGGUGAUGGACCAUUGAUUAAAUUUAUUGUGUUUGACAUGGCAAGCUUUAUCAAGCAAGAGUUGAAUAAUAGGGAGUCGAGAUUCCACUUGGAUUUAAAAAAUUAUCUAUCAUCAAACUCGGUAUUGCAAAGCAAUGAAAACGAUUGGCGUGUUUCAGAUCGUCUGAUCUGUAUGAAGGAUUGGCUUUAUAUAACACUUGGAUAUAUGCUACUGACAUACCAAGAAGAAGAAGUGCAUGAAUCAUUGGAUGAAGUCAUCAAAAUUUACCUUAGUGCAAGAAACCAUAUCCCAACAAGGUAUGGAGUACCAGUAACAACAGAAGGCAAGCGGAUCCUCACAGGAGAAGACGAGAGGGAGCGUUUUACACUAGCCACAUUUCAGACCUAUAUUAAUAAUGUUGAGAUAGAGGAGGCACUCCUUUUCAACAAUAAAGAAGAAGAAAGAUUUGUCACUUUCUCAGUAGCUAAUGAUAGAAAGAUUUACUUACCUCCACUUCCACGACUACAUGAUCGUGAACUAAUGGUUAAGGCACUCAUGCAUAAAGAGUUUUACAGACUUCUUCUUGAUCCACGACAUACUUUUGCCCAAAGCAUGACUGCAGAAGGAUACGAUCUCAAUAAAGAGGAAUACCGAAUUAUAAGAAAAGAAAUAUCUUUUUUAGAUGGAUUGGGUGAUUUCUUCCUUGCGCAAGAGACUUCAAGGAUUAUUUACGAUUUGUGUACGGGAACGGAUACCAUUAAUUACCAAGUAGGUCCUUGCGUGUACAACAUGCUCAAGACGAUUCUAGCUACGAACACCGUGAUGUCCAAGUUGACCAAAUGCUACCACGUAGAAAGGGGACUAAAGGAUCCGCUUAUCAACUCUCGCAUAAGUGAGGAGUAUCUUCCACUUACCAGAACAGGUAAAUUCAAACUUGGCAACGGCAUGGACGCAAGAGAGUCAAGAAUCUUUGAAGAAGAGUUUUUGGGCGAUUUCUUCGAAAGUUAUAUGGCAGCAUUGUUGAUUGAACAACCCAGCGUUGCCAAGUCUUUCAUCAGGGAAAUAUACACAAGAUUGUUGAAAAUUAUUACCGAGACAUUGCCGCCUGAUGUUACGUAUCAAAAGUGGACGUCAGAUAUUUUGGGACGCAAUAUAUACUACAAAAGUGCGUAG